GACGAACUUCGUGCCCGUUUGGAAUCACCGAUGAAGCCCUCGCGCCUCCUCGUCUUCUUCCCUCUCCUCUUCCUCGCCGUCGCCGCUUCUUCUCCUCCUCCUCCUCCUCCCCAUCCCUCGCCGCGAUGCAAGGCGUGGCUCGUUCAAUCCAUCCCCACCGACAUGCCGCACCUCCCCCGUGUCCCGGGGGUGCUCUCCACCGGGGACGUGCUGCGCUGGCUGGCGGGCAACGCCACGAAGAGUCUGGACGUGAUCGCGCAGUACUGGCAGUUUCUGGCGCAGCCGGACAACCCUAAAUCGGGCGAUUACGGAUUCUCGGCAGAGGAUAUGGAGAUGUUCGGCGCAGGUGAAGGGCGUGCGGUCUACAAAUCUCUGGAGGAUGCUGCCGAUCGAAAGGUUGACCUCAGGAUCCUUCAGCAUUCUGGAUUUGCCCCAGAUUUCGAUCAAGAGUCGGCUGAUCUUGCUGCAGGAAGGCCAAAUGUGAAGAAUGUGACAUUACUGCUUGGUGAUUGGUGGGGUUCAGGCAUUGUCCAUGCAAAAGUCUGGAUAUCUGAUGGCAAAGAUAUGUAUAUUGGUUCGGCUAACAAUGACUGGAAAUCUCUCACCCAGGUGAAGGAGGUUGGGAUCUAUCUUGUUGACUGUCCUAGCAUAGCCAAAUGGAUUGAAACAUACUUUGGAAAUUUGUGGACUCUUUCGUCUCUCAAUUCAACAGCUUAUACAAGAACAGUUUGGGAUAAACAAUGGCAAGUUAAGAGAAAAGUGCCUUGCUGGUCACAUUUCGUCCAUGAAAAACUUAGGUGCAGGUCACCACUCCCUUCCUCUGUUGUUGUCCAUCACGUGGAUGGGUAUCCAGCCUUGGCAGACCCCUUUAUGCUCCAUAUCCCAAUUGAGACUCCAGGAUCCAAUUUAUCUUCUACAUCACGUCACUCGAGUUACCUUUCAUUUGCACCACCAGAGCUUUCAUUUCGAAGGUUCCAAGCUGAUGAACAAGGAUGGGUGGACACAAUCAAGUCUGUGCGAUUUGGAGGAACUGUCAGGAUUAGUACCAUGGAUUGGCUUGGGCAAUCUCAAUAUCUGCGACAAAUUGUCUUCUGGCCUUCCCUCUCAUCUGCAGUCUCUGAGGUCAUCUUCUCCAAGCGUGCCACGGUCAACAUACUAGUCGCCUACUGGAGUCAUUUCCUCGACGGCACGGAUGAAUACCUGAAAUCCAUCCUCUACUCCAACAUUCUUUGCCACUCCUCAAGGCGAAACAACUGCAAAGGUAGAGUCAACAUCAAGUAUUACAUUGUGCCUGGCUAUGAGAAGACCGGAGCCGCAAAAUCCAAUAACAACGCGACUGGAAACCUUUACCCUGGUUUCACCCGCGUCAACCAUGGCAAGUACGCUGUCAGUGACCUGCGAGCACACAUAGGCACCAGCAAUCUCAUCUGGGAUUACUUCUACACGACGGCAGGCGUGAGUUUCGGAACCUACAACCCUGCCAUUGUUGCACAGCUCCAGGAAAUCUUCGACGCAGAUUGGAACUCUCCCUAUGCCGUUACGGUUGAGCCAUUGCACACCUCAGCUUAAGGUCUCGAACACUUGGUACAAGAAGUCAUUCUAUCGCAGUCAAGCAUAUACGUUCAUACAUCAUGGCCAAAAUUGUGAUGUUUCCAAUUAGUAGAUGAUGAUCUAUGGUGGCAGAAGAAGAUGAUCAGAGUUGACUGUCUUAUUUCUAAACUACUUGUAAUUCAAACAUGACAUUUAAGGAGAAGAUUAUAAAUUUUAGUUGAUGAUAA